AUGGAGCCAGUGACCCGCUUUGAUCCGUCGUCCAAUGAGCUGCUGCCGCGUGGCAGUGAAUCACCCCCCCUCUCCUUCCCCAAUUUCCUUCCAUCUUCCUUAACCCUCCACUUUCACAUCUCCCCUUCUCCUCAAUCCCAUCCCCUCAUCCCCAUUCCCCUCAUCCCCAUUCCUUUCAUCCCCACCCCAUUCCCCUCAUCCCCGUUCCCCUCAUCCCUGUUGCCCUCAUCCCCCAAGCAGAAGAGGCAGCAGCAGAGGCAGAGGCGGCAGCACAAGGGGCGGCUGCAGGCAGGGCCGUACCUGGUGGGGCUCACAGGGGGGAUUGCCUCUGGCAAGUCCACCGUUGCUCGCUUGCUCUGCUCCCUCGCCUCCUCCUCCUCCUCCCCCUCCUCCUCCUCCUCCACUGCUCCUACCGCUGCUGCUGCUGCUGCCACUGCCGCUGUUCCGAUUGAACCAGCAACAAGCGAGGAAGGUGUGAGGGAGGGGCGGCAUUCAGAGGAAGGGGAGGCAGGGCAAGGGCGGCAUUCAGUAGAGGGGGAGGCAGGGCAGGGGCGGCAGUCAGGGGAGGGGGAAGCAGGGCAAGGGCGGCGGUGGAGGGUGGGGGCGGUGGACUGUGACCGGCUGGCCCAUCGGGCAUAUGAGCCGGGCACGCCUGCUUACCGCCGCAUCGUGGACCUUUUUGGGGCCUCUGUUGUGCGCCCCACAGAUGGGCAGAUUGACCGGCCGGCACUGGGAGCGCAAGUUUUUUCCUGCCCGGAAAAAAUGGCUGCCCUGACGGGAGUGGUGUGGCCAAUGGUGCGACAGAUAGUGGAGGAGGAAAGGGAGGCUGCAGGGGCAGGCGAAUGGGAGGUGACUUUUGCAUCAUCUGAAGAAGCAUCUACUUCUCCCAAGAUUACUGUAAAAGCAUCCACUCUCUCCAAGCCGACUGCAAAAGGGUCUAUCUCUGAGACGCAUGAAAACUCUUAUACCAUCCGCCUCGUAGCUCCUCCUGCGGAUGUGCUUAUAGUGGAGGCGGCGAUGAUGGCCGAAGCUGGCUCGGACCGAACUGUAGACGAGGUCUGGGUGGUGUUUGUUCCCGAGGCUGAGGCGAAGGCUCGGUUGAUGGAGCGGAAUGGGGUGACUGAGGGGGAGGCGGGAAAGAGGAUUGGUGCUCAGAUGACGUCAGCCGCCAGGCUGGCACAUGCUGACGUGGCCAUCUACAACGGCGCCAGCGAGGAUGCCACGCAGCGCCAGCUGGAGCGUGCGUGGUGUGAGGUGGCGACGCAACGAGCAGGACCAUGCUUGGAUGAAUGGAGAGAGAACUUCGAUGCUGACGUGGCAGAGAGAUGGUUCCAUAAGCUGAUGUUGGUGAAAAAGGGGGAGAAAAGGGAAGAAGAAGGGGAGUGGCAGAGGGGAGAGGAAGGGCAGGAGACGGAGGAAGGGCAGGAGGCAGAGGAAAGGCAGGAGUGGAGGGUGCAGCAGGUUAGGGUGGCGGGUGGGUGGGUGGCAGCUGUGAUUCUCUCCUUCCAGCAUCUCCGCAGAGUGCUUGCUGCUGGAAGGGAGGCACUCCAACACUUUGCCGUUGAGGCCGGCCUUCCCCAGGAGUGUCUGCGGCAUCUCUUCUGCUUCGGGCUGGGAUACGUGGCAGUGGCGCUGUCGAGUGUGCUUCUAACGAAAGGCUGGCGUGUGUCAGGCACGUGCAGGAGCCAGGAGGACUGGCACCGAUUGUGUCACAUGGGCGUACAAGCACACCUGCUGGAGGACCAUGGCACUGCCAGCACCUUGUGUCUUCCCCAGGCCUCUCUCUCCGCCCUCCACUCUGCCACACACGUACUCGUCUCCAUACCCCCUCUCCUAUCUCCUCGCCCCACAUCCCCACAACACGUCGACAUGGUGCUUUCCUCCUGUUGCGAGCACCUGAUGCAAUCUGCCAGGCAUCGGCUCAGAUGGAUCGGAUACCUGUCCUCCACAGGCGUCUAUGGUGACUGGGACGGCCAAUGGGUGGAUGAGGACUCUCCCCCGCGUCCGCUCGCCCCGAAGGCCGUAGCGCGCUAUGCUGCCGAGAGGGAGUGGCUUGCCUUCCAGGCGCUACUGGGGGAGUCGUUAUCUGAUGCACCAAUGCAGAACGAAGCACCGACUGAUGCACUCAUGUGGAGCGAGGAGAGCUGGUGUCAUCCAGAACCAAGCAAGUGCGAUGACUCUGCUGUUGCUGUUGUUCGAGUUUUCCGGCUUGGGGGAAUCUAUGGGCCUUUUCGCAGUGCGCUGAACACAGCAGCAGCUGAGAUGGGAUCAGGGAAUAUGCCGUCACCUAACUGGACUGCAGCGUCCAAUUCCACGAGCAGCAGGCGAGGGGAGAGCAGCUAUGAAGAGGACAGCAGCGUCAUCAGCAUUCAAGUGCCCUGUAGCAAUGGGGAUAGCCGCAGCACUCAGAGCAGCAGUAACAGCAGCAGCAAUGGGGGUGAGAGCAGCAGCAAUGGGAAUGUGAGCAGCACCAAUCGAGAGCGCCGGCAGGGGAAGCGGUUCACGUCGCGGUGCCACGUGGCAGACAUCUGCGCUGCGAUUGGUGCCAGCAUGGAAGGCCGUGGUAGCAGUCCAAUCGUUAACAUUGUAGAUGACGACCCGUCCCCUCGCCGCCACGUCAUGCAGUUCGCCCACCAGCUCAUCGCCUCGGGAGAAUCAGAUCUCUAUUGGCAGAAGCUGGAGGCUCUGCGGGCCACUCUGCCGCCCGGAAUCAUCCGGCGGGGCGGCAGCGGGGCGGAUCUGCGAUAA